CAUUGGCAGCCGGUCCUCCCUCAGCUCUGCCCUCCUCUCCUGCUGCUGGCCAAGCCCAUUAAGCUGCUCUCCUGGCCACAACUGAAGGCCCCACGCCCUGGGAAGGAAACCACUGAAGAGGCGUCCAUGCUCCCCUGCACCUCAAACCAUCAAUUAGUGUUAAUGAGGGAAGGCUUCUCACUGCGUAAAGACCCCCAUCGGAGCCCAGUUGGCGGGGAAGCCCCACCUCCGUGACUCAAGAGGUUAAAGGGCCUGGGGCCAGCCUGUGAGCCCAGAGUGUCCAGAUGGCGUGUGGCAGUGGGAAGGUCACCAUCCAGCUGGUGGAUGAGGAGGCAGGACCUGGAGCCCAGGACCCGAAGCUUUUUAGAGGCCAGAGCUAUGAGGCAAUCCAAGCAGCCUGCCUGGAUGAGGGGAUCCUGUUCCGUGAUCCCUACUUCCCUGCUGGCCCUGAUGCCCUUGGAUAUGACCAGCUGGGGCCGGACUCAGAGAAGGCCAAAGGAGUGAAAUGGAUGAGGCCCCAUGAGUUUUGUGCCGAGCCCCAGUUCAUCUGUGAGGACAUGAGCCGGACAGACGUGUGUCAGGGGAGACUGGGUAACUGUUGGUUUCUUGCGGCGGCCGCCUCCCUCACGCUGCACCCCCGACUCUUGCACCGAGUGGUGCCCCCUGAACAGGGUUUCCGAGACAACUAUGCCGGCGUCUUCCACUUCCAGCUCUGGCAGUUCGGCUGCUGGGUGGACGUCGUGGUGGAUGACAGGCUGCCGGUGCGUGAGGGGAAGCUGAUGUUUGUGCGCUCAGAACAGCGGAAUGAGUUCUGGGCCCCCCUUCUGGAAAAGGCCUAUGCUAAGCUCCACGGCUCCUAUGAGGUGAUGCGAGGCGGCCACAUGAAUGAGGCUUUCGUGGACUUCACAGGUGGCGUGGGCGAGGUGCUCUACCUGAGACAAGACACCCCAGGCCUCUUCUCGGCCCUGCGCCAUGCCCUGGCCAAGGAGUCCCUCGUGGGUGCCACUGCCCUGAGUAAUCAGGGCGAGUACCGUACAGAAGAUGGGCUGGUCAAGGGACAUGCAUACUCAGUCACGGGCACGCACAAGAUGUCACUGGGCUUCACCAAGGUGCGGCUGCUGCGGCUACGGAACCCAUGGGGCCGUGUGGAGUGGACCGGGCCCUGGAGCGACAGCUGCCCACGCUGGGACGUGCUGCCCCCGGAGUGGCGAGAUGCCCUGCUGGUGAGGAAGGAGGAUGGUGAGUUUUGGAUGGAGCUGCAGGACUUCCUCCGCCACUUCAACACCGUCCAGAUCUGCUCGCUGAGCCCGGAGGUGCUGGGCCCCAGCCCUGCGGGAGGCGGCUGGCACACCCACGUCUUCCAGGGCCGCUGGGUGCGAGGCUUCAACUCCGGCGGGAGCCAGCCAGCUGCCGAGACCUUCUGGACCAACCCCCAGUUCCGGCUGACGCUGCUGGAGCCUGAUGAGGAGGACGAGGAGGACGAGGAUGGGCCCUGGGGGGGUUGGGGGGCCGCAGGGGCUCGGGGCCCUGCUCGCGGGGGCCGCGUCCCCAAGUGCACUGUCCUCCUGUCACUCAUCCAGCGCAACCGGCGGUGCCUGAGGGCCCAGGGCCUCACUUACCUCACUGUGGGCUUCCACGUGUUCCAGAUCCCGGAGGAGCUGCUGGGCCUCUGGGACUCGCCGCACAGCCGCACGCUCCUGCGGGGCCUGCUGUGCGCCGACCGCUCGCCCUUCUGCGCCCGCCGCGACGUGAGCCGCCGCUGCCGCCUGUUCCCCGGCCACUACCUGGUGGUGCCCAGCGCCACCCGCGCGGGCGAGGAGGCCGACUUCACGCUGCGGGUCUUCUCGGAGCGCCGCCACACCGCCGUGGAGAUAGACGACGUGAUCAGCGCUGACCUGCUCGCUCUCAGGGCCCCCAACAUUCCCCUGGACCUGGGAUUGAAGCUGCUGUUUCAGGAGCUGGCAGGAGAGGAGGAAGAACUCAGUGCCCCUCAGCUCCAGACCUUAUUAAGCAUUGCCCUGGAGCCUGCCAGGGCCCACAGCUGGACCACCGGAGAGAUCGGGCUCAGGACCUGUGAGCAGCUGCUGCAGUGCUUCGGGCAUGGCAGAAGCCUGGCUCUGCACGACUUCCAGCAGCUCUGGGGCCACCUCCGGGAGUGGCAGGCCAUAUUCGACAAGUUCGACCAGGACACCUCUGGCACCAUGAACUCCCAUGAGCUGAGGCUGGCGCUGAAUGCUGCAGGCUUCCACCUCAACAACCAGCUGACCCAGGCCCUUACUAGCCGCUACCGGGACAGCCGUCUGCGUGUGGACUUGGAGCGCUUUGUGUCCUGUGUGGCCCAGCUCACCUGCAUCUUCUGCCACUGUUGCCAGCACUUGGAUGGGGGCGAGGGAGUCAUCUGCCUGACCCGCCAACAGGUGAGCCUGGGCUGGAGGGAGUGGCACCAGGCCGCUAAGGCAGGCGGCCCGAGAGACCCCUGCCUCAAGCCCCCUCACUGUCUUCUCUCACCCAGUGGACGGAGAUGGCCCACUUUUCCUAGGAUCUUGUCAGGGGAGCGACUGCGGCUGGAGGCAGGAGAGCUGCAGGAGCCCUGCCUUUCCGGGUCAGCCUGGACCAGGGUUUAUUCCACAGCAAGGGGGUCCUGAGCCAGACCAGCCCACCAGCCCCUCCACCUCCCUGCCUGGCAUGGGGGCUGAUGCCCUGACAUCAGGCAGUGCUUCUGAGCAUGGCCUUGGGAGCGGGUCUGCCACACACUCACCACCGGGUGACGCUGGGCAGGUCACUGCCCUUCUGUGCUUUGCUCUCCUCGCCUGUGAACAGGGGUGGUGACGCGCCUUCUUGGGCAGGCUACGUGAGCUAGUCGAUUGUGUGCUGAGCAUAGUGCCUGGCCCUGACUGGGUCCCCAAUAGCGUUAUUUUACACACAUGGAAACAGGGAUUGUGGCACCCCAGGCCCUGCCCCACUCUGCGGAGAGGUGCUGUAUCACUGCCCUGCUAAAAAUUAGAGAACAGAGACUGGAGAAAAAGAGAGGAUACUGCAGACUCCUUAAAAAUAUUAGGUUUUAUUAUCCUGUCCCCAGAAGGGUGGUUUAUCCAGAAACCAAGAAAAAAAAUCAAUCCAAAUAAAACAAAAGGGAAAUGGGAAAGGAACAAAACCAUCAACUAACAGGCAGCCAGGCCAGCAGCCCACCCCCCACCUCAGGAGGGUCCCCAGAGACCCAUGCCUGACGGCAGACAACAGAAAAAUCAGUAAGGGGCUGGGGGAGGGGAGCAAAUCAGCUAUGUCUUCAUUAUGAGCAAGAGGCGGCAAAGAUAUGUUGCUAGGUGAAUAUAUAUUUAUAUAAUAAAUCCGUAACUUAAUAAAGUAAAUAGUAAUUCUCUGAAAGGUUUAAAUUUUUUAUAGCUUUCUUUUUUUUGGUGAUUUUGUGUGUUUUUUUUUGUUUUUUUGUUUUGGUUUUGGUCCUUAGAAGAUCUGAGAGAGACCCAGGUCCAGACAAAGCCAGGUGUGAGCGGCUGGGGGCAGGGGUAGAAGGCUGGGUGCCCAAUCCACUCCUCUGUUGCAGAAGGGGACACUGAGCUGCACUCCCCCACCUCCUGGCAAUCGCAAAGGAGGGGAGGGGUGAAGGGAGCAGGGUGGGGUCCUCUUUCCUAUUGGUUAGCUGUGGUGCCCUCUGCUGGGCCCAUCACAGGUGUGAGCAGUUCCUGGACAAGGCACAUAGGGCUUUGGCCUAGAUGUGGGAGGCCUUGAAGGGACCUCAGGGGGGAAAAAAGGAAGGGGCAGGUUGUGGUGGGCAUUCCUUGGGCC